AUGGCAGAGAAGAAAUCGCAGUUAAGCAGAACCUUGGCCUUGAAGGAUUGGGGAGAAUUCUUUCAAGCAAAAAGGAAACUGAACAAAGACACAGAGGCAGGAAACCAAGUAUACAUCGUAUACAACGAUGGCCCGCUGCGGGAGGAGCACGCCUUCCAAUUCUGUUUCAUUUUGCUUCUGCAGAAGGAAACCCCGCUUGCCAAUGCGGCAUUCUGGGCAGCGAGGAGGGGCAACCUGACUCUGCUCCGCCUGCUACUGAACAGCGGCCGCGUGGACGUGGACUGUAGGGACAGUCAUGGGACCACACUCCUCAUGGUCGCCUCCUAUGCUGGCCACAUAGACUGUGUGAAGGAGCUUGUCCUGCAGGGAGCGGACAUCAAUCUCCAGAGAGAGUCAGGUACAACCGCCCUUUUCUUUGCUGCCCAACAAGGACAUAAUAAUGUCGUCCGAUUUCUCUUUGAAUUUGGAGCAUCCACUGAAUUUAGGACCAAAGAUGGAGGCACUGCCCUGCUGGCCGCCAGUCAGUACGGGCACAUGCAGGUGGUGGAGACCCUGCUAAAGCACGGAGCCAACAUCCACGACCAGCUCUACGAUGGAGCCACUGCACUCUUCCUAGCAGCCCAAGGGGGUUACUUGGAUGUGAUUCGAUUAUUGUUAUCUUCAGGCGCGAAAGUCAACCAGCCGAGGCAGGUAAUGUUUGUGCGUGCCCAUGCGUGUGGGGCGGUGGGCAGGGUGGCUUGCAGUCUGCAGCAGCACCUGCCUAAGAUAGCCAGUCAGAUCUGGGUGUCUCUAAAGCCUUUUUGCCUCUGGAUGAAAGUUCAUCCUUGAUCAAGGUUUCUCUCCUGUUCUUUGCUUUGGGCUCACCUGAAAGCCUGUGAAAUCAGGCUGACAUCACCAUUUCAAUAUAUUUGGUGUCUGAGGUCAAGUACAUACUCUGCCACCUCCUGCUCAAAUAAAUGAUGUCUGCACUGAGGUCGGGAGAGUAGGCUAGACUGGGACAUAGGUAAAUCGAGGCGGGUCAGGGAGCCUUGCCCUUGCUCAGCUCCUCCGCUGCUAUGGUGCCGUAUCUCUUCCCCACCACUUCUUGUGCUGAGCCAGAGGUGUUCUUAGUGGGUUCUGUAGUUUCGUCUCACAUUACAGCACUGUUGAGACUUCAUUUACCAAAAGCCAAGAUGUUCUUUGGAGACUCAAUUAACUGAUAUGUAAAGAAAGGAGCACAAGGUAACCCAGGGCUUCCCUGGUGGCUCAGCAGUAA